UGAGUGGCGGCGGCUUCGAAAGCGGCCUAGGACGCCAGCCGCAGCUUCCCGACCACCCACCUUCGGCCGCCACCUGGGCUGCAAAGACGCCUCUCUCCGAGCUCGCCCCAGAGACUCUGUCGCCCGGACUCUGACCCUGCCACCUGGACCAAGGCCGAGGCCCCGGUGACCCCUAGAGUCGGAGUCUACCCGGCCAAGCCGCGGCCGGAGACUACCGGCCGUCGCCAUGGCAUGCAGUCUGCAGAAGCUGUUUGCUGUGGAAGAGGAGUUUGAAGAUGAGGAUUUCUUGUCGGCGGUGGAGGAUGCAGAGAACCAGUUCAUUGGCUCACGGCCUGUGAAUGCUGGGUGCCUGCGACCUGUCUCUUCCCGGCCACAGGAGGCCCAGCUACUGCCAUGCCCCACUGCUCCUUCAGAGGCUGCGGGCCUGCCAGCCCUGGGACUCCGCCUUUCUACCUCCGGCAUGCCCAGGGCCGUUGAAGGUCCACCUUCCACAGGAACAGCUCCCCUAAGGCCUGUCUCAAUGUCCAGCAGCUGGACUGGCAAUCAGGGAAGAGUGACACUGACAGAAGUGCUCAGUGAGACCCCAGUAAGACCCCAGUCCUCAGUCUCCCACCCCCAUCUCACCUUCAAGAGCAAACAGCAGGUGAUUGGUGGCUUUGAGGGGCCUGAACAAGAUGAAUUUGAUAAGGUCCUGGCAAGCAUGGAGCUGGAACUUGGAGUUAGCGGUGAGGCCACAGGAAUCCUGCCCACCUGGCGGCGGGAGGACUCAACGUUGGCUAAAAAGGCCCGGGCAGCUGAUCUGAGCAGACCUUGCCAAAAGGGGCCCAUGCCUGCAACCCACAUAGCUGGUAUCCCGUCAGCUCGGGAUGUGCCCCCGGAUCCUGUUGUCCGCUGUGGGACUCCACAGUCCCACUUGAGGCCUGGUGCCACGGGUAACCUUCCUGUCCCAACUGCCUCAGUGGUUCGCGGUCAGCAGCCCCAUUGGGAAGUCUCUCCCGGUGGUCCCCCUCCUCAAGCACCCCAGCCUUUCCAAGCUGCUGGCAGGCUCGUUCAGAGCAGCCCUCAAAAUCAUUUCCCUGGUCAGCCAUUCCCGUCUCCAAAUGCCUGCUUAACUGGCAAACCUCAUUUUCUUACACCACAGACUCCCAACUCAAGCUGUGCUACUCCCUCAAGGACUAUCUCUGGAUUAUUUCCUCGGGGGCCCUUCCAGCCCCGAGCUCCAGCAUCUUCUGUCAAGUCUCCUGUCAGCACCCUGAAGGGCCCCCGUCCUUCCCCAGUCCCUCAAGCUGCUCUGCAGACGCCCAUCGUCACGAACCACCUGGUGCGGCUGGUCACUGCUGCCAACCGGACACCCCAGCAGCCCGCUUGCACUUCCACCCGCGCCAAAACGCGCCGCUUCCCCGGCCCAGCAGGGCUCCUGCCUCACCAGCACAGUGGGAAAAAUCUGGACGACAUCAUGGUUUCCACGCCCCAGACUCCGACUCAUGGUGCUCUGGCUAAAUUCCGGACAGAGAUUGUUACUAGUUCCCAGGCAUCGGUGGAGGAGGACUUUGGGCGAGGGCCCUGGCUGACCAUGAAAUCUGCUCUGGGCCUGGAUGAGAGAGACCCUACCUGUUUCCUCUGUACCUACAGCAUCAUCAUGGUGCUGCGGAAGGCAGCCCUGAAGCAGCUGCCCAGGAACAAAGUCCCCAACAUGGCAGUGAUGAUCAAGUCCCUGACCCGGAGCACAGUGGACGCCAGUGCGGUUUUCAAGGACCCCACGGGAGAGAUGCAGGGCACGGUGCACAGGUUGCUGCUGGAGACACGCCAGAAUGAGCUGAAGCCUGGCUCAGUGCUGCUGCUAAAGCAGAUCGGAGUGUUCUCUCCUUCACUCCGAAAUCACUACCUCAACGUGACGCCCAACAACCUGGUCCACGUUUAUAGCCCAGAUUCUGGGGAUGGGAACUUCCUCAAGCCAUCUCAGCCCUUCCCCAAGGAUCCAGGAAGCUUCCAUGAACGCCUCCAGCAUGAGACCGAGAAGCCUGGGAAAGGCCUCAGAAUAGCACAGAACCCAGAGGCAGGGGCAUCACCUGAGAAAGAACUACUCCCAGAAGCAGAUGACCUAGAUGGACUCCUGAGUGAGCUCCCUGAGGACUUCUUCUGUGGCACCAGCAGUUGGGGCUCCCCCAAGGCAGGGCACCCCCCAUGAGCCGGCAGCCUCAGCACCCAGGAGAGAGAAGACCAACACAAUUGGAAAACAAAGUUCCGGGACUUCUCUGGCUGCUCCCACCCUGGACACUUACCCUGAGAACACCCUCGUCCCUCGGGUUCUGCAGUGCCGUCACUCUGGGUCUUCCUUUGGCAACCGGAACUCUGCCCAGGAUCAACUCCAGCUCUACUGUCCUCCAAGCCCUCGGGUGCACAUUCCGUCUCCUCCUCCAACAGGGAAGGUGUGCCAUUCUCCCACCUCAGCUUGAAUUUAGAGGAUGCUGGGCCUGGUCCCUUUACUCCCUAGUCCGCGGGCAGCUGAGGAGCUAAGAGGAGCCGCACCACAGCAGUGGCGACCUGUCCCUCUGGGCAAGGAAGGAACGCUCAGACUUCCCUCUGCGUCGUCUCUUGAGGCCUGUAGCUGGCCAGCUCACCUGUGCCCAGGGCUCCCAGGAGCGGGGGCAGGAGGACGGCUGAGGUGCCUUAUUCUGAAAUAAAGCAGCCGCCUGCUUCACCCA